AUGGGGGGCGGCGGGUCGGCCCUGAGGGUCUGCGCCGACCACCGCGGGGGCAUCAACUGGCUGAGCCUGAGCCCCGACGGGCAGCGCCUGCUGACGGGCAGCGAGGACGGCACGGCCCGGCUCUGGAGCACCGCGGACGGCCAGUGCUGCGCGCUCCUGCAAGGACACGAGAGCUAUAUUACCUUCUGCCAGCUGGAGGAUGAAGCUGCCUUCACGUGCAGCGCUGACCGAACCAUCAGGAGCUGGGACGUGCUGACCGGGCAGUGUGUGCAGGUGUACCGAGGACACACAUCCAUUGUGAACAGGAUCCUGGUUGCCAACAACCAGCUCUUCAGCAGCUCCUACGACCGGACAGCUCGUGUCUGGAGUGUGGACAAGGGGCAGAUGUCCCGGGAGUUCCGGGGCCACCGCAACUGUGUUCUGACUCUAGCCUACUCCGCCCCCUGGGACCUCCCCAGCACUCCCUACGCGGAGGCUGGGGCUGGGGGGCUCCUGGUGACCGGCAGCACAGACGGCACAGCCAAAGUAUGGCAAGUGGCCAGUGGAUGCUGCCACCAGACACUAAGGGGCCACACGGGCGCAGUGCUAUGCCUGGUGCUGGACACACCAAGCCACACGGCCUUCACAGGCAGCACAGACACCACCAUCCGUGCCUGGGACAUCCUGAGCGGGGAGCAGCUGCGAGUGUUCCGGGAGCACCAGGGCUCUGUCAUCUGUCUAGAGCUGGUGAACCGGCUCCUGUACUCGGGCAGCGCCGACAGGACCGUCAAGUGCUGGCUGGCCGACAGCGGGGAGCGGGUGCGCACGUUCGCGGCCCACGGACACGGCGUGAGCGCCCUCAAGUACCACGCGGGCACCUUGUUCACCGGCAGCGGGGACGCCUGCGCCCGGGCCUUCGACGCCCAGUCCGGGGCGCUGCAGCGGGUGUUCCGGGGCCACGCCUUCGUCAUCAACUGCAUCCAGGUGCACGGCCCGGUGCUCUACACGGCGUCGCACGACGGCGCGCUGCGCCUCUGGGACGUGCGCGGCCUCCGCGGCGCCCCGCGCCCGCCGCCCCCGCGCGGCCGGCCGCGCCUCUUCAGCAACAGGGUGGGCUGCGCCGCCGCCGCCGCCGCCGCGCCGCUGCCGCCCGCCUGA